CAAAAAUAGAGCUGCGGGUGGACGGGAGCAAAAAAAUACCACUUAUUCUAAAACCACGUGAGGUGUGUCACGUGGCACGACCCUGAGUCAGCUCCCCGUCUCGGCCAUCACAUGCCAGAAGACAACGCCAAACUCCCUAGUUGGAGACUCCACAUCCCCGCCAUUUGGUUUCCAAGCAUCGACAGCCGCAUUUCUCAUUGGUAGCACAGCAGUUCUCACUCUCUUUUCUUCACCUCGGCACGUUCGUUGCCCAUUUUAUGUCAUCCAGACCACAAGACCUCAAGUGAAGCGAACCCAUUUCUGUCUACAAAGCCCUAGUUGGAUCAAAUCAACGUCAACGUCAACCUAUAGCUACAGCUUCCCUUGGUGGCCUUCCUUUCAUUCCCCUCCCCUCCUCGAAUAUCUCCUAGCUCCUGUUUUUUGAAACUAAAAAUCUGCUUUCCUGUCAAAACUUGCUCGAUGUUGUUCUCAUAGUCUCGAUUUCUUUGACGCUUCACAUGCCAAAUACAGAAGUGCGGCGCAUAGCUUUCUUUCACCACAACAUCCAACGCUACCAUCACCAACAGGUGUGAAGAUGAUAGGUAAUUCAAUCCUACCUAAAUCACAUCAAUUUCCUAACACCCAAUAGAUCAUGUCUUAGGUCGGCCUUCUGUUCAAUUCCGAAAGAUUCAAGUCCUGGCUGUGGUUUCUUUUUGGUCAUUCUACCUCUUCCGGUAAUUGCUACUCUAUAUAACUUGAAAAUAUUUACUAAGCUCCAAUUAGAGGGCAUAAACAUGGUCCGCCUACCCUUCGAAGACUGUCCCGAAGGCUUUCCGGCUUCAUCACACCAUGGCAGACCCUUGUCAUGACUCUACUGUAUCUCUACGUUGCACGAAACCUGGGAAAGCUCAUUGGUCUCGAAUCCCCGGAACCACUCGCGAACCUCUACACGAGAUCCUAUUUUCGAGCAACAUGGGUUACAACUGCAAUGGAUGCCGGUUUUUGGAGUGCAAUGCGGAUUCGGAGAAAGUGGAUGCGGGACAUUGCUAGCAUGGUUUUUACUGUUUACUACUUGAUUGCCGCUGAACAAGCGGAUGAAAAGGUAAGAAAAGUCAGAGCUAUGUUGACCGUGGAACAUAUGCGAGUCAGCUGGAAUAAAGGGACGACACCAUAUUUGAAAGCUCUCCAAAGUCUAAUGCGCCCGAGAUUGAUGAGAUAUCCACCUCGGCAAAUUCGAAUUCCUCGACCACCCAAUAGCGAUUACCAGGAGCCAGUCAAUGGUUGGCUUUUCUUUGACGGGCCGCUUUCCGCCCUGAAAGACCACGAUAAAUUUGUGUUGGAUAUUCCGGGUGGUGGGUUUGUGGCAAUGGAUCCCAGAACCAAUGACGAUAAAUUGAUGGCCUGGGCUGGAAAGACUGGGUUACCAGUGUUGAGUUUGGAUUAUCGAAAGGCACCCGAAUUUCCAUACCCAUAUGCUCUCAACGAAUGUUUCGAUGUAUAUUGCACCAUAGUGGCAAGUAAGGGUCGAUGUGUUGGAUUAUCUGGAGAUGUGAUGCCAAAGAUUGUGAUAAGUGGUGAUAGUGCAGGUGGAAAUCUUGCAACCAGUACCACUUUGAUGAUUAUCGAAUCUGGAGUAACCGGCAGAAGACACUUACAAGGCCAGCGAGCUCUACCCAUUCCUGAUGGACUUGUUCUUAUAUAUCCGGGCCUGGAUAUGAAUAUCGGAAAUUGGAUGUCGGAUGAGCAAAUGACUUUGAUCAAGGACCGAAAGAGCCGAAAGACGAAUCGAAAUAUUAUUCGACGGAAGAGUAUGCAAUAUACCAUGGCAGCAGGAACACCUCAUCAAUCUGAGGAUGAGGAUUCAAUGCAAACGUCCAAGACUGAAUCUCCAAGCUUGGAAGAAACAGCAAAUCAUCCAGGGUCCAUUACUAUGCCCUCACCCCAAUACUCCACUGCGGCACCAGCAGUUCUAUCCCCCGUGGCGACGACGAAAGCCCACGACAGGGAGCAGCAAUCACAUCACCCUGAACCUCUGAAGACUCGCCUUGCAAUGUCAAGUAUGAUUUCAUAUUUCAAUGAUCGAAUCCUUUCUCCUGAAAUGAUGCGAGCCAUGAUCAUUUUAUAUAUCGGUCCUCAUAACCGACCCGAUUUCUCCACAGAAUAUCUUCUCUCCCCCAUUUUGGCACCUGAUAAUCUGCUUGCGGAAUUUCCAAAGACUUACUUCCUCACCGGGGAACGAGAUCCCUUGGUAGAUGAUACCGUCAUCUUUGCAGGACGAUUACGAAGAGCCAAAGCCGCGAAACACGCACGAAAUCAGGCGACGAACUUGAGACCCCACAAGGAGUUUGACGAGAGAGAUGUCGUGGAGGUAGUUCUCAUCCCAGGGAUAUCCCACGGUUUCUUGCAAUUCGUUGGAUGUUUCCCCGAAGGUUGGAAGUAUAUUUUCCGCUGUUCAAGAUGGAUCGAACAUAUCUUCGCUGCAUCCGAAGAAGAAGAAGCGAACCACGCGGGGACCAUGACGCCGCGUUACCACCGGAGAAGACCUACCGAGUCCUCGGGUGACGAGGAUGCAGGGUUGGAGAUGAGUAUGACAUCCAAGUCCAAGGGCAAAGAAAAGGAACGUGUGGAGGAUGAGAGGAAACGGGAAGAGCGGCGACAGAAGGAGAAAUUGUUGAAGGAGCAAUUGAGAGAAAGCGAGGAGAAGAGAAAUGGUAGUCUGGGUGUGAAUGGGAAGGGAAGGGGCAGAGGUGGUCUGGGCGAUCGCAAGAAAAGUAUGGUUAGUUUGGCUAGUAGUGAUGAUUUACUUGGACGACGUAUGUUGGGUCUUGCGGGUCCGUUGACGGGGAGGCCGGAGGGGAUGCAUGAUUAAAAUAUGUGAUUGGGUUUCUUUGGGGUAGGCAUAUAUGUAUAGGAUUGGAUUGGAUUGGACUUUGGGAGACGGGAUUGAAUGAAUGGAUGGUAUGUAUGGAUGGAUGAAUGGGAAAGUGAGCCUUGGAUACAGUAGGGAAUGAAGCAUAUGCAUAUGAUACGAUAUCAAUUGAAUAACCUAGUCUUAAAAAGUAUCAAGUAUGGAUAGAUCUUUAGCUACCUACAUCAGACCUAAAUCAUAC